AUGUUAUUGGAUAAAGGACACAAGCUAUUGAGGCUCAAAAGCUCUCUAAGGCGUCACAUAACAAUAGCUGAACAAGGAAAAUCGUCUAUCUGUACUUUCGCAACAUCCGAGGAAUACGAUAGUUUAACAACCCGCGGUAGUACCGGCAAGGCUGAAGAAUUCAACAUGGAGAUUGACACGCCAACACAACUUCCCAUGUUCAAUUCUGCGCAUACUGAGCAGAAGCUGAUGCCUCGUGCAGCUCCGCCCACAGGUAUCCUAAGUAUGGAUGACUUCAUGAAGCAGAAUCAGGAUGAGCACCAGGCGCAACGUGAGGCGAGAUAUGCCACUGCUGGUCCUCCAACAAGGAAGCCAAAGACAAGUGAAAAUGCGACGCCGCUCACCCCAGUUGCGGUUGGUGCUCGGUCAUCCAAGCACACGAUACUUUUGCAUGAAAAGUAUCAAGCCCUUGGUAUCCCGCAACCGCUGUUCACUUAUGAGGGGAGCAGCAGCUCAAGCUGGGCUGCCAGAGUUAGCUUUCCUGGUCUCGAAAAUGUCGAGGAACUGCAAGGGCUGAGUGGGGAUAAGGGAUGCAACAGCAAGCAGGAGGCCAAGGAAGCGUUGAGUGAGAAAGCGCUGGCAGUGUUGGAAGAGAUGGAGAGGCAGGGUAGAGUGAAGAAGGUUGAGAAGAAUCGGAAGAAGAGUGUGGGAGGGCAGCUAGAGCAGCAGCAGAGCCUAGGGGAGAAGGAGCCAGUAGAAAACUAUGUCGGCAAGCUACUUGAAUACCAACGCGCAACCUCCGGCCCCCAACCAACCUACAACGACUACCAAUCCGGCACUCAGUUCGCCUGCCUGCUAACCCUCGAAGGCCACCCUCACCCCUUCGGCACCCUAACCUCUCUCUUCUCCUCGAAAAAAGCCGCCCGUCAAGACGCCGCCCGCCACGCCGUCGAGCACUUCAAAGCCCUGGGCACCUGGCCCCAAGACACGCCCAUCGGCGGCAUCAAGAAGAAGAAGAAAGCCCAACAACCUUUCCCCCCUCCAUCAUCUUCUUCUUCUCCCCCCUCCUCCUCCUCGGUCCUGUCCCCCAUCCAACCCCCCUUUCCAAACCAAACUCCCACUGUUAUUGCUAUUGGCACUGGUACUACCAGCUUCGCCCAACGCGUCGCCACCCUCGCCGCCACCCUCGCCCUCCCUACCCCAGAAUGGAAAUACGUCUCCCACCCUUCCGACCCAAACUUCCAUUCUGUCGCGUGUUUCUUCCGCGGUGCGGGUCCCCAUGAGGGACCGAUUGGCGAGGUGCGGAAUGUGUUUGGGAAGAAGAAGGCCAAGGAGGAAUGUGCGAGGCUGACGUUGGAGUAUUUGCUUGAUGUUAGGGAGAAGAGGAGGGCGUAUGGGGCGAGGAUGAUGGCGGGGGUGGAGAGUGGGGAGAGUGAGGAUGAGUUUGUUGAUGCGGAGGAGGGGAGUUUGAUUUGA